AUGCUGAAAGGACUUUUCACUCCACCGCAAGAUGAAGAGCACAUCAAUCGAGACGCUUUGCGAGAGGAAAGUUUAGACACUCAGGAAGGCAAUGAUGGUUCAGUACCAGUCGUCGUUGAGAGCGAACAGCAACACGAACAACAAAAGAAACGACGAGAAGAGGGAAAAACUUCGAUAGAACUUUUCCUCGCGCAGAACAAAAGCUUAUCCGAGAUGAAGGUGGAGAGAGACGGACAGGCAGGGAUAAUGCUGUGGGUAAACGUUGGCAUAUUUUGUUUCCUUUUAUUUUCGCCGAUAAUCGCGCUGAUUCCAACCAUGUCGAACGCGGCGUUCAUGGCGAUAGAGUUGUCUCUGAUAAUAUUAAUUGGGUGGUCAAAAAUUGAAUACGCGCACCGAGCGACGGUGUGGAACGUGUGCCUAACGAGAGGAAUUAUCGUUGAUUUUCCGAAAACACAUAAAGUGACGAUGUGGUUGCGUCAACUGCCGAUGUUUUUCGCGUACUUUUUCUUGUUUUUACACGCGUUUACGGUGUACUUGACGCUCGAUCCAGAGUUGGAAAAAGGCGAGCUCAGCGAUAUACUUCAAGCAAUCUUGUCGAUUCUCGCGGUGUUAUUCGUUCUUCUCAUGACUAAAGAGUUCGUGGUUAUUGAAGGCGCGAACUCAUUGUUGACGCUAAAUAUGGUCGUAUAUUUGUUUCAAGACGAAAAUUUGCUUCGUGAGAAAGGUUUUCGCGUCGUCCACAUGUCUCGUUUACAGGACUUUGUCAAGGAUCGAUCGAAUAGAUUCGGACGCGAGAAGACUGGGCACUUUUCUUGGAACGAGAUCCAUCGCGAUAUCGAAAGCAGCGAGACUGAGGAAUGUAAACUUCGUGGACUCUCUUUAAUAUGCGGAUCUCGCAGUGCGCGAUUCCUCUGGCCGUUCCGAGACUUGGACGCGUAA